AGUUUCAUCGAUCUACAAAUCUCUCUUAAUCGUUUUUACUUUCAAUUUCACUUGUCAAUGGAUGGAUGGUGGAGGAGGGUUUUGCAACAGUACAAUGCCAUUUCAAUACAGCUGUAAUUGCCGUGAAGGUUACAACAAUAUUAUGAACAUAACUACAUUUCCUUGCUUGAAACAAUGUGCAUUUGGAAUGGACUGUUUGAAUCUUGGGAUUCCUUAGUCAAACGCAUCAUCGUUUUGUCCACCUGCUCUACCUGAUAGCAGCAAGAAUCAAGAGAAAUCAUGGGGUUCUAGACUCUAAUGGAAGGAUGUGGAACUAAGCUUUACACUCAAAGAUCAUGCAGCAGUUCUCACAUUGCUCAAAGGAACAAUGCACUUGUUGGAGCUCACAAAGUCACAUGGUUCAACAAAUCAAGAAACCUUCAAGCUAAUAUUGCUAAUUCUGAAUUGGCUCCAACGCAUCCGAUUCGUCUUGGUUUAGAGUUGAACUUCUCUGUGUUUUACUAUGAGAUUCUCAAUUCUCCUGAUCGUGCUUGUAAUCUCGCUAAGCAGGCGUUUGAUGAAGCUAUUGCUGAAUUGGAUACUCUUGGUGAAGAGUCAUACAAGGACAGUACUUUGAUUAUGCAGCUUCUUCGUGAUAACCUCACUCUCUGGACCUCUGAUAUGCAGGACGAUCCUACUGAUGACAUCAAAGAAGCAGCACCAGCAGCACCAAAACCUGCUGACGAGCAACAAUCCUAAGUCUUGCGGUGAAUAUGUUGUUUCAGUAUCUAAAACCUCUCCAUUAAUAUGUUUUUCUCUUGGAGGAGUUUCUGUGUUGGUUUCUGAUUUCCUCUUAUCCCGAAGCUCUCCGAGGCAGUCUAAUUCUUGUCCUUGUUCGCUUUUCUUAAUCGUGGAUACAAAAAUACGUAUAAAAAUACUCCUUUGUA